UAACAUUCAAGCGACGGCGUAUGUUGAUGAAAUGAUAGAAACACCGGAUACGAUAUCGAAUCUUGCAAUCUUCAAGACUUCAACUUCAACACUUCAAUUAUGAAUUAUGAAUUUUACGAUUUUAAUUUGAGAUUUUUAUAUUAGUGUCAUUUCAUUUGAGAGAAUCUGGUUCACCACUUUUCGUUGUGAUCAUGGAGUCUAUUCUGGAACAGCAAAGACGCUAUCAUGAAGAGAGGGAACGUCUGUUGGAUUCCAUGGUUAAAGAAAUGCUACUGAAAAAAACAAGUUUCAGAGAUCAAGUAAAUUCAGAACAUCGUCUGAAGAUGCUGUUGGAUCAAUAUAUGGAAAGUACUGAUCAUUUGAAGGACUUAUAUGAAGAUAAAGAUGGCUUUAGAAAACUAGAAACUGCUGAAAUAUCGGGUCCAAAUGAUUUUACCGAAUUUUAUAAUCGAUUGAAAAACAUUAAAGAAUUCCAUCGCAAACACCCUAAUCAAAUUUCUGUUCCAAUGUCUGUUGAAUUUGACGAGUUGAAUAAACUUCGCGAAAAUCCAACCGAAGAAAUGAGCAAUAUGGUGGAAUUCACUGAUGAAGAAGGUUACGGAAAGUAUUUAGACCUUCACGAGUGCUAUGAAAAAUACAUCAAUUUGAAAGGAGUAGAAAAAGUAGAUUACAUCACGUAUCUGUCAGUUCUCGAUCAUUUGUUUGAUAUUCCUAAAGAAAGAAAAAAUACCGAGUACAUAAAAUAUCUAGAAAUGUUGCUAGAUUAUUUACACGGAUACCUUCUACGAAUCAAACCACUGUUCAACGUUGAAGAAGAACUGAAAACAGUCAACAGCGAAUUUAAUAAACAGUGGGAAGAGGGAACAUUUCAAGGGUGGCCGAAAGAAUCCGGCAGCGCUUUGACUAAUGUCGGAGCUCAUUUAGACUUAUCAGCUUUUUCAUCUUGGCAAGAACUGGCUACACUAGGAUUAGAUCGACUGAAAUCUGCUCUACUCGCUUUGGGAUUGAAAUGCGGAGGAACCUUGGAAGAGAGGGCUGAAAGAUUAUUCAGUACCAAAGGUAAAACUGACCUCGAUCCUAGUUUGAUGAUUAAACCGAAUAGUGGCAAAUCGAAACGAUCGAAGAAUUUAAAUAAGCUAAAAGAAAUCGCCUUGUUGGAAGCUCAAGUUUACAGAUUUAUUGAACUGCUUUCUGAGCAACGAAGUGCCACAAAAGAAAAUGUGCAAAGGAAACAAGCAAGAAUCGAGGGAGAGCGUGGUGAUUCUGAUAACGAAGUCAGCGCAUCUGAAUCUGAAGAGGAAGAAGAAGAUGAUAUUCCUUAUAAUCCUAAGAAUCUACCUCUGGGAUGGGAUGGAAAGCCCAUACCAUAUUGGUUGUAUAAAUUGCACGGCUUGAACAUAAGUUACAAUUGUGAGAUUUGUGGUAAUUUUACAUACAAAGGUCCGAAGGCAUUUCAAAGACAUUUUGCUGAAUGGCGUCAUGCUCAUGGUAUGAGAUGUUUGGGAAUUCCGAAUACUGCUCAUUUUGCUAACGUGACCCAAAUUGAAGACGCUCUAUCUCUUUGGGAAAAAAUAAAACAACAAAAGCAAGAAGAAAGAUGGCAACCUGAACAAGAAGAAGAGUUUGAAGAUUCACUGGGUAAUGUAGUGAAUAAAAAAACAUACGAAGAUUUGAAAAGGCAAGGAUUAUUGUAAAGUGUGAAUAUUUCCGGUCAAAAAAUGUGUAAUAAUUGAAACUAUUUAGUUUUCUUUUUUUCAAUUUUUCAAUAAACUGGCGUUAUUUGAUAAA